CCUGCUCCUGACGGCCCCUCGCUACAUGUACCCCGCCUCUCCUCUCGGCUCUCGCCUCCUCGCGCCACCGGAAUAGGAAGGGAAAGCGGCGACCCACAGGAAGCGGAGGACGCCGCCGUCCGUCCCGUACAAGCCGGGCUUGCCUUAUCUACCCAUCCGUCCGCCCGUGCGUCUACCCAUAGCUUGUCCGCUUGUCCUCUGCCUGCCUCAUCUACUCUGCCCGGAGUGAAUCGUACGCAAUUCGUAGCUGCGGCUUGCCUAUCUGACCACCUCUAUCCAAUCUGCCGCGGCGGGGGCGAUGAACUAUCACUGGUCCAUUACAUUUACUCUUUUGGAUAACAUGGCUUGUUUUGGAGUUAAUUUUAUGCUAACAGAGUCUAGGUGUCAUUAGCUAGAUUAAGCUAACUGUUUUGACUAGUGUAAAUCUGUAAAGAAAAUUACCUGGUUUGUAUUGAGUAUUUGUAAAAGAAAUGGAACAGAGGAACGUAAUGGCAUUGGAUGAACAUGUGCUGAAAGCUACUGUUCGCAAGCGAAAGCAUGAGACUGCUCUGGAGUGCACUGAGGCCAAUGAUGCUGUGGUGAUCUCUCAGCAUGAUCCAAGGCAACAACUUGUGACAUUUGAUGAUGGAGCUAAAUGUAAGAAAACUAAAGUGACUUCCUGUGGGAAUGGUGGUAUACUGGAGUCAUAUCGGAACUUCAAGACAAGUGGAUUGCCUGUGCGUGUGCUUUUGUACCAACAUGGUGACUGGAGUGAUUUUCCAGAGGGCGUUGUCAAUCUGGUACAACGGGACUUCCAAUUGAAGAGGUCAAUUACUACUGCAGUAUUCCAGAACAAGCACAUCCUGUUGGACUUCGUUCACAUGAUUUGCCUAGAUUAUGCAAUGACCAUAAAUAACCCAAUAGCAUGGGUUGAUGAUCAUGGCAAAUCCUUCUUUCCAGAUUUAUCCUCCGGCUUAUACACAUCUAAAUUGUCUCAGCAUGAAAAAGGUGAAGCUGAUGAGCAUGCUGGGAUGUCUACAAGUGUAGCUGAAAGCUCAAGUUCAGCGUCUGUUGGUGAAGUAGUUUUUCAUGACAAGAGGAUCAAUAAUAUAGCAGAGGACAAACCGAAAGCACAUAACAAACUUGAUGAAGCUACUGGUGAAAAUAAAUCAGGUCCUUCAGUCCGUUUGAAUGAAUAUUCUAGUGGAACCAUACAAGCAACUACCAGCAAGAAAAACAGUGGUCGACGUGUUGAUUCAGCUGUGCAGAACUUGUUACUUAAAGGAUUAGGCCAGCGUUUUAACGAAAAAGAUAUUAUCGGUAUCUAUAGAACACCACUGCUAGACCAGCAAGGGCAAGUUCGUUCUAGUCUUUUCCAGAAAGAGGUAGAAGCGACCAAAAGUCGUCGUGGGAAUGCAAAUGUGCAUUAUGCAUGGCUUCCUUGCUCAAGAGAUACUAUGGAGGAGAUGAUGAUGCAAGGUGCUCUGGAAAUUGCAAAACCCCAGCAGGGGCCCAUGUAUGGAUAUGGAAUUCAUCUUGCUCCAGCAAACUGCUCAAAUUCAUGUGCCAGCUAUUCAGAUUUUCAUGAAGAUGGCAUCGUCAGAAUGAUGUUGUGCUGUGUGAUAAUGGGUAAUGUUGAGGUUGUUUAUCCUGGAUCAAAGCAAUCCCAUCCAACCAAUGAAAGUUUUGAUAGCGGCGUGGAUGACCUGCAAAAGCCAAAUCAUUACAUCAUAUGGGAUGCCGAUGUGCAUAAACACAUCUAUGCUGAAUAUGCUGUUAUUAUCAAAGUACCUCCCACGACCAAUGAAUAUUUGGUUUCAAAGGAUAGCGCAUCCAACAUAUCUGAGAUCAUAAAAUCUGGUUCACCAGACAGUCUAACCAAGGGUGACAGCUUCCAAACCUUGGCGCCUCCAGCUGUUCAACAACAAGCACCUAUAUUUGGGUGUGCUCCAAGGGCUCCCUCCUCACCUUGGAUGCCCUUUUCAAUGCUUUUCGCUGCCAUUUCCACAAAAGUGCCUCGUUCAGACAUGGACUUGGUCCUUAGAUACUACGAAGGAUUCAAGAGGAGAAAGAUAAGCAGGGCUGACCUAGUGAUUUGGCUGAGGCAAAUAGUUGGUGAUAAGCUACUGGUUUCUACAGUAAUGAGGCUUCAGCAGAAGAACAUAAACUUUUGCGAUCUGAUGUCCAGUUGCAAGUAUGAUGCGGUGACUAGUGAUGAUGGCUUGCAGUUACCGCCGAUGGAAGUUCCAAGAGCGCUUGGAAGGAGAGGUACUACUAGUCCUUGAGUAUCUCCAGGAAUAACAAUUUGUGGACAAAGCAACUCAUGGAGUUAAAAGGAGGGAGGGAGCUAAUAAGGAAUUCUGUUACAUGGUACUGUUGCAGUACUCAAACUCAAAUUUUAGGUCUUGACAAAAUUCAGAUAGUAUUUCGGUCGGUCGAUUGUUCUGUGAAGUCCAGCAAUCUGCCUUGUGUGUAGCCUGUUGUUAACAUCUUCGCUCAAUGAUUUCUUCAUCCACCCUGUACUCUUCCAAGCUUUGUUUUCAGCGUGAACUGGACGCAAAUUUUCGUCCAUCUUGUCA